CUAUCGCAGCCGCUCCCAGCACCAGUUGCUGGCCAGCCUGCCCCUGGCCGCCUCGCCUGCUCCUGGCUGCCUUGCAUGCCCGGGUCCUCAAGCUCCUUGUGCGUCUGACCGAACAGGAACCAUGUCUACCUUCGGCUACAGGAGAGGACUUAGCAAAUAUGAAUCCAUCGACGAGGACGAGCUCCUGGCUUCCCUGACGGCCGAGGAGCUGAAGGAGCUGGAGAGGGAGUUGGAGGACAUUGAACCUGACCGCAACCUGCCGGUGGGGCUCCGACAGAAGAGUCUGACGGAGAAGACCCCCACGGGGAAUUUCAGCAGGGAGGCGCUGAUGGCCUAUUGGGAAAAGGAGUCCCAGAAGCUGCUGGAGAAGGAGCGGCUGGGGGAGUGUGGGAAGGUUGCAGAAGAAGACAAAGAGGAGAGUGAGGAAGAGCUGAUUUUUACUGAAAGUAACAGUGAGGUGUCCGAGGAGGUGUACACCGAAGAGGAGGAGGCGGAGGAGGAGGAGGAAGAGGAGGAAGAGGAAGAGGAGGAGGAGGAGGACGACAGCCACGAAGAGGAGAGCGCCGUUGAAGACGAGGAAGCCAUCAACGGCACUGCCCACCCUGAGCGCGCCAGCCCCGACAGUGCCCGGCCCAAGACAUUUAAGAGUCAGUUAGAAAACAUCAACUUGACCAACGGCCACAGCGGGGGGCACUCGGAGUCGCCGGCCGCCAUCCACCCCAGCGGCAACCCCACGGUGAUCGAGGAGGCCUUGGCGAAGAUCCGGAGCAACGACCCCGACACCCGCGAGGUCAACCUGAACAACAUCGAGAACAUCACGUCGCAGACGCUCGCGCGCUUCGCCGAGGCGCUGCAGGGCAACACGGUGGUGCGCACCUUCAGCCUGGCCAACACGCGCGCCGACGACGCCGCGGCCGCCGCCAUCGCCGACAUGCUCCGGGUCAACCGGCACAUCACCAGCGUCAACAUCGAGUCCAACUUCGUCACGGGCAAGGGCGUGCUGGCGCUCAUGCGGGCCCUGCAGCACAACCCCGUGCUCACCGAGCUGCGCUUCCACAACCAGCGGCACAUCAUGGGCAGCCAGGUGGAGAUGGAGAUCGUGAAGCUGCUCCGGGACAACACCACGCUGCUGCGCCUGGGCUACCACUUCGAGCUGCCGGGGCCGCGCAUGAGCAUGACCAGCCUCCUGACGCGCAACAUGGACAAGCAGCGGCAGAAGCGCAGGCAGGAGCAGAAGCAGCAGGAGGCGGCGGACGGCGGGGCCCAGCCCAGGACCGCGGUCUGGCAGAGAGGGACGCCCGGCUCCUCGCCGUACGCAUCGCCCAGGCAGUCGCCCUGGUCGUCCCCCAGGCUCCCCAAGAAAGUGCAGACGGUGAGGAGCCGCCCGCCGUCUCCGGUGGCCCCGCCGCCGCCCCCGCCCCCGCCGCCGCCGCCGCCGCCGCCCGCGCCGCAGAGGCUGCCACCCCCGCCGCCGCCGCCGCCGCCGCCGCUCCCGGAGAAAAAGCUCAUCACCCGCAACAUCGCCGAGGUCAUCAAGCAACAGGAGAGCGCCCAGCGGGCUUUACAAAACGGACAGAAAAAGAAAAAGGGGAAAAAGGGGAAGAAACAGCCGAAAAACGUCCUAAAGGAAAUAAAAAAUUCCUUGAGGCCAGUGCAGGAGAAGAAAGCAGAAGACAGUUACCGACCUUCUACCCCGCAGAGAUCUGCCCAUGACAACCUCAUGGAAGCGAUCCGGGGGAGCAGCCUGAGACAGCUAAGGCGGGUGGAAGUUCCAGACGCUCUGCGAUAAACACACAAUCUUGAGAAGAGGAUGCAGACGUAUUCCUUGGCGUUAAAUGAAACGCAUCGGGAGAUGCUUCUAAAGUAACUUCUUCAAUUGGAAACGUCCUCUGACUUUAAAAAAUAGCCUCAGCCAUGAAGUCCAAGGAGAAUCUUAAGAAUCUUCUGUAAAUAUGAAAAUAAACUUCUUUUUUAAUGUCAUGAGAUUUGUAUUGGCAGGAAGCAGUUUGUUUAAAGAUGCUUCAUAGCUCUGAGCUGCUGAGUUAAUGAAAUAUGCUGUUAUUUUUGUAAUCCCAAUAAAUUUGGAUUGAAGUUUUUUAAAAAAAAAACAACAAACUAAUAUUUUUUUGUGAGUUGGUACAUUUUCAGGUGUGUAUGUAACAUUGUUGAAUAUUAAAAAUAUUACAUUAUCACCCAGAAAAGGGUUUUGGUCCUUAGCAUUUGCUUUUCUUUGUCUUCUCCACGAAAAACAUGAUCAGAGCUCUUUCUAAAGGUCUGGAAUCAAAAACUCUCUUUACAGUCGUCUUGGUAGUGAGAUAAAAACUCAGGAAAAAACCCCAAAGUGGACAUGAUCAUCCUGAAGGCAUUGAUAUGAGACCCAGGCUGUCUACUGACACCCCCACAUACUCAUAAGAUUUAUAAGUCAAUUUAAUCAUUUAGAAUUAAAAUCAACUCUUUCUGGAGGAAGAAGAAUUGAAAGUUUCUUAGUAAACAGAAUACAGGUGCCGGGGGAAUGCAUGGAAGACAGGCCCCAUGAAUUUGGAGCGAUCUGGUGGCUGAUGCUAAAGAUUCCUCUUUUGAGCUCUCCUUGGCUGAGCCCUUGUCUAGUGGGUCUCAGCCUUUCGUGCCCUACACACACAGUGGCGGUAUCAACAUCCACGACACACAUCCAGGGACAAGGACACAUGUAUCUAUAAUCAUAGUGUGUCCCCACCCCAUCCCCUCUCACUCAAGAAAGAUCUCAAUUCAAAUAUUCUCCUCCACUCCAAUUUAUGAAAGCUACAAAUCUCUUCUAAAGUCCCUUGUAAUAGCUACGAUUAGUCAUGUUUCCUGCGUGUCCUGCAGAGUAGAACAGUGGUCUUGGGUCACCUGUUCAAUGAUUGUUUGCUUUAUAGACAAAGCUUCAAUCAAAAUUACCUUCAAUUUUCACUAGAAAACUCCCCCAUAGUUCUUGGGUCUGUGUUGUUUAGUCUGUUUCUCUUGUUCGGCCAUUCUCUCUCUUACUCAUAAGAACAACUGAUCAUUUUUCUUAAGGAGGUAGCUCAGUGCCUGGACACAGUGUGGGCAGUGACUGGCAUUUUCUGAACUCUCUAAGUUGUCUCCUGAACUUUUCACAGCAACAUUAAAAGAUGCUAUCCUGUUUUACAGAGGGAGCCCAGGCUCAGGGAGGGUGAGAUUGCAGGAGAAACUGGCCGUCUGUCCCGGCUCGGCCCACACUCCCUGGCACUCUCUGUUCAAACCUCCCAAAGGCUCCCCGUUCAGUUUCCCUUGGUA